GCAGAAAUUAUAGUUUUAAAUUAUAUAUUAUUGUUAAAUUUGAAUUACUGAUAAUAACAUAGUGACACCAAUCUGGAAAAUAACAUGUUACGUUGAGCUGUCCCGGAAAUCCCUGUAUUUACAAACACACGUAGCUAGCGCUGUGGUUGUAUCCAGCAGGGAGAUAAUGAGCGGAGCAGCUGAGAUCUUACUGACGGUGUAAAUACGCUUUAAGGAGAUUUCCCUGUCAAAUUAGGCGAGGCAGUGAAGUGGGUCAGGCAUGUUUGCGACUACGACGAGUGACAACUGCCCGGAAAAUGACGCAAAGCAGCUCCAGGCCACCGCAACAACGGAAUACUGCGCAAAGUUGCAGCAGUGGAUGUGGCAGUAUUACUGGGGGUAUGCCAACUGGCAGAGCUGGCUGGCUCUGUCAGCCUUCCCCUUCCCUCCUCCGUGCAGCUUCCCUUCGCCGGGGACAAGCGCUCAGGCACCGGGUACACCUGCAUCGACCCCCGGCGGUGGCCAGCAGGCUUUUGACACCCUGAACCGGUACAGCUACCCGUACCCCCUCAGUUUCCCUGCAUCCCAGCCUCAUCCAGGUGGAUCCCACACGGAGCAGACCUCAGCCACAGAUGCCCGGCCAGCCCUGCAGCAGAAUGGGAACCCACCUCAGGCAGGACGGGAGUACACCAUCCCCUCUCCUCUCCAGAGGUUCCUGGCUGAGACAGUGGACUUUUUUAUCCUCUUUUGCGUGAAGGCCACCAUCGUGCUGUGGAUCAUGCACCUGAGUGGCAUGAAGGACAUUGCCAAAUUUAUUACCCACUUUAUUGUGGAGGAGAUCGAUGAGAACACGUCCAUGGAGGACCUGCAGAAGAUGAUGGCUGUCGCUCUGGUCUACAGGGUGCUAGUGUGCGUCUAUGAGACCAUCUGUAUUUGGGGUGCUGGUGGCGCCACACCAGGGAAGUUCCUGCUGGGCCUGCGAGUGGUGACGUGUGACACAUCCACUCUGGUCCGACCCAACCGAGUCCUCGUCGUCCCAGCGUCUAACGUGUCCCUCUCUGCCUCUACAGUGCGGGCUCUUAAUAAGAACUUCUCCAUUGCCUUCCUCUUCCCUGUCUUCAUCACUCUCCUCUUCUUCCAGCACAACAGGACUGUGUAUGACAUUGUGGCGGGGACCAUUGUUGUCCAGCGCAGAGGAGGCAGAUAGCCUCUCCUCAGACAGAAGACUCUUAAAAACUGGAUAGAGUGAUGACAAGGCGCUUUCUGCAGUGGAUCAAACCAGGACUUAAACUGCACUUAAACUGGAUGCAUACAUGUUUAGGCCUGAUUCGUUGGAAUCACAACAAUCAAGCUUAACUUCUGGUGUAAGAUUAUUAUUUUUACCACUGAAUCAACAAGUAAGCAAAAAACCCUCUGAAGUAUUACAUUUUUUGAUAAAUGUUGAGCUGAAAAAGGUGCUGUUAACUGUUAUGAUGUGAAUAUUAUUAUUUGUGCUCAUAAUAUACAUCUUAUAUAUUUUUGUGUAGUUUCAAAAUAUGUAGGAUUCAGUUAUUGAAGUUCUACAGCCCCAAUUUGAAAACUGUUGGGACGUUGCCUAGAACGUAAAUCUUUUAUUUUUGUAAAUAUACACUCUAAUUCUGAAUUUGAUGCUUUCUAUUUUAAUUUUUGUUUUACACAGCGUCCUGACCUUUUUGGAGUCAGGGUUGUACAAGCAAAAACAUAUGCCAUCAGAAAAACAUGACACAUACUAUGAUUACAUACAAGUUUAUUUUUAAAGCAAGAUUAAACUUGAUUAGUCUCUUAAGGCAGCAUGUUCUUACGAUCUAUGUUCUUUUCUUCAAGGUAAUAAUAUUGAAUCAAUUGUUUGGUUUGUAAAUGAUUUUUCUGUUAAAUUAUGAUCAUUGCUAAAUCCUCAGUCUGAAGGAAAAUAACGCCAGGCUUAUUUGUAUCCAUUAUUUGUGCCUCUGGAUAUUUAAAUGAAGUAUUGUUUUAUUUGAAAUGUAACUAACUUUUCUCCCCGGUUUUCCCCGGUGUAUGAGGCUCAGAGAGAACGCUCUGAUCAUAUUUGCUUUCUUCAGAUUUGUAAUUCUUGUAACUCAGGGCAACUGUUGCAUCACAGAACCGCUGAUUGUCUGAACUGCACUGCUGAACGCUACUGCUCAUGUCAGAUUUAUGCAUAAUGUAAAACUCUUCUGGUGUCAAAGAUUA